AUGAUGAAGCUGGCAGUCGCCGAAGUCGGCGAAGCCGGAAUAGCCGUAACACGAAUGUACAGGAGUGGAUCCAAGGAGUUGAUGAAGCUGUCGCCCCCGGCUACUCAGGCUGCUGUCUCUCUACCAGCAGUGUGUGAACCAUCUGUACUUGAAACGAGUGUUAGUCAGCCUGCAGUAUUAAAUUUCGAGCAGCCCCGAUCAAACUCUAUACAGCAGCAGCAUUUUCGUAGUAUGGUAUCACCUCCGUCGCAGCCACCACCGGUGUCGCAGCCGUCGCAGGAACCAUCAGUUCAUUGUUUAAACGAACAGCAGUUUAGACAACAUUCAUCGUUGAUGCACACAUCGUUUGACCAUCAGCCGCACACGCUAGUACCUGGACUGGUAUCGAGGGCUCCAAUAGAAGAACGACCACCAUCAGUGCUGCGUGAAACGUUGUCGCACACCCCGCCACCACAGCAUUUUCUCCCACAUGAGAGUUCGUUGCCAUAUGCACCGAUACACAGACACCAACAGACUGAACAGUAUGCUACCCAACUGCAACAGUUGCAAAAUCAGCAGGCUAUGUGGGGACAAUUUCAACAGCAGUUGUCCGCCAGACAGGUUGUGCCUAAAGAUCUUCCAGUCUUUACGGGCAAUCCUGAUGAAUGGCCUCUUUUUGUGAGCAGCUUUCGUAACUCGACUGCCAUGUGUGGUUACUCUCAUUCUGAAAACCUGAUGAGGUUGCAAAAAUGUUUGAAGGGUAGAGCGUUAGAAGCGGUUCUGAGCAUUUUACUUUUACCUUCGUCGGUCCCAAAAAUAAUGGAAACGCUAGAGACGUUGUUCGGGAGCCCAGAGCGACUUGUCCAGUCGCUGCUAUGUAAGGUACGGAGUGUUUCUGCCCCGAAAGCUGAGCGGUUUGAAACGUUGGUCAAUUUUGGAAUCGUAGUCCAGAAUCUCGUUGGCCAUCUCAAGGCCGCCAAUCAGCAGGCACAUUUAACUAAUCCAACACUGCUGCAUGAACUAGUGGACAAGCUCCCACCACACAUUCGACUUGACUGGGCUGUAUACAAGAAGAAUGUUGGAGUAGUGGAUUUGGGAAUUUUCUGUGACUACAUGAGCGCUAUCACGGCCGCUGCAAGUGAUAUAGCACACUUCAGUGACUUUGAUGAUGGACGAUCAGGAUCGAAUGCAAGGCCAAGAAAAGAAAAGGUGUUCGUCAAUACUCAUAUUUCUUCUAAGCCACGUAAAUUCGAACAACAUAAUAUAAAAAUGGAGAAGCUGGAGAGGCCUUGCUACAUAUGCCAAAGCAACAGACAUCGGAUCAAGGAAUGUUACAAAUUCAAAUCGCUGAGUCUUGGUGAUCACUUGAAAGCUGUAGAAACACAUAAGCUUUGUGCGGUUUGCCUAGUUCCCCAUGGUAAAUGGUCUUGCAAGUCCACUCGCAUAUGUGGAAUCGGAGAUUGCGCCAAGAAACACCAUUCAUCACUGCAUCCUAGUCAACAAACAGUCGCCAUGCCAGCAACAGAACGAACUUCCUCGGGUUCAAAAGCAGAAGCUGUGGUUACCAUUCACCGUAAACUUCUUUCUUCUACGAUAUUUCGUAUAAUUCCUGUAAUACUGUACGGUGAAAACGUUAAAAUAUCCACAUAUGCCUUCUUGGAUGAGGGUUCAUCGUCAACUCUUAUAGACAAAUCAGUGGCCGAUCAGCUGAACCUUGUUGGAGAUUUGCAGCCACUUUGCUUGACAUGGACAUCAAAAGUUUCCAGACAUGAAGCUGAUUCUCGGUUAGUUAAUCUAAGGAUUUCAGGAGAAGAAGGCAGCAGAAUAUUUCCGUUGACGGGCGCAAGCACCGUGAGCCAGCUGAAUCUCCCGAUACAAACAUUGCGGUAUGGAGAGUUGUCUUGUCGUUAUCCAUAUUUGGCCGGAAUCCCAGUGAAGAGUUACGAACAAGCAAUACCACGGAUUCUCAUUGGAUUGGACAACAUCAAACUGUUGUUGCCACUAAAGAUUCGCGAAGGACAACAUAAUGGACCAGUAGCAGCAAAAUCUAGAUUGGGGUGGACUAUUUUCGGCAGCAUCGAAGGAGCCAAUAGGAAUUCGGUAUCUCCGAUUAUGCAUAUCUGCAAAAGCGUGGUUGAAACUGAAUUACAUGAGAUGGUGAAACAGUAUUUUGCAAUGGAGAACUUGGGAGUAUCCGUCGUACGUGGACCUGAGGCAGAGGAGGAUCGAAGAGCAAGGAGUAUUCUAGAACGAACGACUACUAAAUGCGCCGAUGGACACUACGAAAGUGGAUUACUGUGGCGGUACGACGUGAUCGAGUUGCCGUCUAGUUAUGGUAUGGCGGAACGUCGUUUGUUUUGUCUCGAACGAAAGUUACGUAACCAUCCGGAAUUACGAGUGAGUUUGGAAAGGCAAAUAAUCGAAUAUCAAGAAAAGGGCUACGCGCACAAGGCCACACGUCGGGAGUUAGAAGAGAGUGAUCAACAUCGUACGUGGUAUCUCCCUCUUGGCGUGGUAACUAAUCCACGUAAACCUGGGAAGGUGCGUAUUAUUUGGGAUGCAGCCGCCAAAUCAAAAGGAGUGUCUCUGAACGAUAUGCUGUUGAAGGGCACGGACUUUUUAACAUCGUUGCCUGCAGUGCUAUGCCGUUUCCGGCAGCGACAGGUGGCGAUCGCUGGUGAUAUCCGCGAAAUGUAUCACCAAGUGAGAAUUAGGAAGGAGGAUCAACAGGCACAGCGGUUUCUGUACAGAAAUGAUCCAGCAAGGAAGCCCGACGUAUUUGUGAUGGAUGUGGCCAUUUUCGGGUCGACCUGCUCACCCUGUUCGGCAAACUUCGUGAAGAACAUGAACGCGAGUAUGUGGAAAGAAGAACUUCCGGAAGCGGCGGCGGCGAUAGUAGACAACCACUACGUGGACGACUACCUAGACAGCCGUGAUACAGAAGAAGAGAUGGCGAAGUUGGCUUUGGAUGUAAGAAAGGUUCAAGAACAAGCAGGAUUUCAACUAAGGAACUGGAGAUCAAAUUCUAAGGUGGUGUUACAGAGCCUAGGAGAAGGUGCAGAAGUCACUACGAAGAACUUCAGUAUCGACAAGGAAAGCCAAAUUGAACGUGUCCUUGGUAUGGCGUGGUUACCGGAUGAAGACGUAUUCGUAUACACUGUUAGCUGCCAAACGAUUGCGAAGGUUCAACAGCGAAUGAGCUCAAUACGACGAAGCGAAGCAUUCUGA